GGGAGCCCAGUAUAGCAGUCUCAGGCCUGAAUCCCUAAAAGUCAAAAACCUCUAAUUGCAGGCUUACAAGUCGCAUUACGAGGUCGCCAACAGGAUGGUUGAAUCCCCAACUAGUUAGUCAUCCGUGUAAGGAUCACCAUUUGUCAGCUCCCUCAGAUUCUCGUCAAUGUCGUUGUAUAAAUUGCUGGAGGUUGGCAUAAGCGAGGUCUGUCCCUAUGGAUUUUUCAGGACAAUAUGGGGCAAAGAUGUCGUCGCCGGUGAUUGUGAACUUCUUGUGGUUGGAUUUACUCCCAAGAUUAAAAAAAAGUCUCAAUUUUUUUAAUUCCAAGUGUCGACUUUAUUAAAAAAAUCCUAUUUUUUUUCUAUAUUACCGUUCAAAAUCGAAGUAGAUCAAGUCAAGCGUAAGCUCAAAUUGGAAAAAAAAUAUGUAUAGAGACUUUCAAUUUAAUUAUUUUAAAGAUUUUUGCUGAUGCAAACAUUAGUUAGAACAUUAUCUUAAUUCAAAAUAUUAUUUCAAUUUCAUGUAGCAUCGGGAACUUCCAAUCAUGCAGCGUCAGAAGACGGAGAUCGGAGAUCCCAAUGCCUCCUUUCUCUUUCUCCAUCCGCGUCUUCUUGUCCUUUCGUAUGGCCUUUCUUUGCUUCCUGUUUCUUUCUCUCUCGCUAGCUUCCUUUCUCUGAUUCUCGACUCUGCUGUGAGAACCGAGAAGAAGCCGAGGGGAGAGAUGUUUGGUGUGGGAAGGACGGGUUGUUUUCUUUGUUGCGAAGUUAGCUGCAAGGAGAGUAAGAAGGAUCACAUCUUACAGCCAUCGGCAAAGAAGUCGACAAAGGAAAGCCAUCCGGAUGAUGAAAAUAAUGGUCCUUUGAAAGACAUGGGGGUGCUGAGAAAUGGGUCUCAACAUGUUUCCGCUCAGAUAUUUACUUUCCCGGAGCUGCUAACUGCAACCAAGAAUUUUAGAGCUGAUUGCUUUCUAGGAGAGGGAGGGUUUGGAAAAGUUUAUAAAGGUUUGCUGGAGAGCUCUAAUCAGAUUGUAGCUGUAAAACAACUUGAUCGAGACGGUUUGCAAGGAAAUCGGGAGUUCCUUGUUGAAGUAUUGAUGCUAAGUUUAUUGCACCAUCCUAAUCUUGUUAACUUAAUUGGUUAUUGUGCGGAUGGCGACCAAAGGCUUAUGGUUUAUGAAUACAUGCCGCUGGGAUCCUUGGAUGUCCAUCUUCAUGAUCUUGCUCCAGAAACACGACCACUGGAUUGGAAUACAAGAAUGAAAAUUGCUGCUGGUGCGGCAAAGGGACUCGAAUAUUUGCAUGAUAAAGCCAGUCCUCCCGUUAUAUACCGUGAUCUGAAAUGCUCCAAUAUCUUACUGGAUAACGGAUAUCAUCCUAAGUUGUCUGAUUUUGGCUUGGCAAAGCUUGGUCCUAUUGGUGAUAACACUCAUGUAUCUACUAGAGUGAUGGGUACAUAUGGAUAUUGCGCUCCUGAGUAUGCAAUGACUGGGCAGCUCACAGUAAAAUCAGAUAUUUAUAGUUUUGGAGUUGUGCUGUUGGAGAUAAUCACAGGAAAGAAGGCUAUUGAUAAUUCCAGAGGAGCUGGGGCGCAGAAUCUUGUUGCAUGGGCGCGACCUCUAUUCAGAGAAAGAAGGAAGUUUGCUCAGAUGGCUGACCCAAUGCUUCAGGGUCAGUAUCCAGUAAAAGGUUUCUACCAAGCACUCUCUGUGGCAGCCAUGUGUGUCCAGGAGGAACCCACCACAAGGCCUCUCAUUUCCAACGUGGUAACUGCGCUAACUUUCCUUUCUUCGCAGAUCUAUGACCCAGAGAGCCAGUCUGCUGAGAGCAUUUCUUCAGCAAACAAAUAGUGAAAUUAUUGUAUAUCCUUCACAGAACAAACUGUUAUCUAGUUUUGUAUCAUUUGAAGAUAACAGCAAUUGAAAGUCUUGAAAGGUGAUGGUUCUUUUGUUGUUGUAGAUUUUAGCUGCUGUACAUUCAUCAAAUCUGUUCAUUUCUAUUUGGAUUA